UUGACGAAUUCGAUAUGCCUGAAAAUCUUUCUCAUAAUUAUGUCACUGAUCUCGUUACAGAGAACAUGAAGAGUCUUAGUAUAUUACCAGAAAACGCGUUGAAUGAAGCUACCACACUUUUUGUUGAUAAAGAUGAUCCUCAUGCUAUUGAAGGGUUCUAUAAUAAUACAAUUAAAAAGACAAGAGCGAAACUUCGUCAAGAAAAUAUGAUUUGCGACGAUAAAAUCCUUAUAGAACAGGCGCAAAAGCAAAAAAGCCUCUUAUCAAGGCAAUAUGCAGAAAUGAAUCCUGAUGAAAGAUUAAUAGAAAUGAGUAGCAACGAAGCAUCCGCUGAUACAUAUCAGCAGGAAGAUGGCAUUGAUUCAGACAAUCAAAUUGGAACUAGCUCUAGGGCUAAAACUACAUCAAGAGGAAGAGCCACAAAGACAACUAGGGGAACAGGCACACGUGCUCGUGGGCGUGGUAGAGGAAAGACAACAACUUCUAGUAGAAAGAAUAUGGUAGAUGAUGAAGGUUUUGUAGAUGACCUUGAUAUUGAUGAUAAACCUGAUCGUACUGAACGUGCGCGUGGGCGUGGUAGAGGAAGGACAGCAACUUCUAGUAGGAAGAAUGUGGUAGAUGAUGAAGGUUUUUUGGAUGAUAAUGAUGAUAGAUCUGAUCGUACUGAACGUGCGCGUGGGCGUGGUAGAGGAAGGACAGCAACUUCUA